AUGGUUAAUGCAGUUGGAGAUGCAGUUGAUAAUGCAGUUGAUAAUGCUGGUGGGAUUGUUGAACCAGUCGGAGAUGCAGUUGAUAAUGCAGUUGGAGAUGCUGGUGGCAUCGUUGAUGCAGUUGGAGAAGCAGUAAAUGGUGCUAGGGAUUCAGUUGGUAAUGCAAUGGAAUCAGUUUUUCAAAAACUCAUGCCCGCACUCACCAAUAAACUUGGCGGUGCCUUUAUUGAAGAGCUUGGGGAUCACAUGGAUCCCUUUAUUCCUUUCAGUGGGCACAACACUCACACAUGUGCAAUGCUUGGUGAAUGCACCGAUGGUACGAGUGCUGUUUCCAUAUCCAUCAAUGAAAUUACUGGACUUAGCAGUGUCACAUUCAACAGUAUGACCAUGGAAACUCCACCAACCUUCAAGGCGACCAACUUCAAGAUUAAAGGGGAGGGAGGAAACUUUGAAAUUCAGGCCAACAUUGAAAAGCUACAAGUUAACAGUACCUAUACACUAGCAUCCACGGACUGUGGUAUGUCGGUUGAUACAUCCAUGACUGGCAUUGUGGAGAUCGCUGGUGUCAAAACAACCUUCAAUCUGGACAUUGACGGUUUCUCCAAGUACACUGGACAGACCAAGAUUACUGACUUUGAGGUCAAAGACUUUUCAUUUGACACAUCGGAAGCAACUCUCAGUGGAGACACAGCUAUUGUCACAACUGUUGCCUCAUCAAAUGGCGAUGUUGAAAUCAAUGCUGAUAUCACAGACUCUAUCGAGUCAUUUGUGGAUGAAGCGCUGGAAGGAACUCCCAAGGACUUUUCCCUGUCCUUGAUCAAUGACUUUGCCAAUAGUUUCCUUCCCAUGGUGAUAAAUUCUGGGGCUUUCACACUUUGA